UUGUGUGGGCGUUACGCAUACGGAGGGGAAUCGCAUCAACAACUACUUCUGCACUACCUGUCAGGAAAAGAAUGACUCUCUGAAAAUUACGUACAAAGCGGAGGAUUAUCCCGUCCUAUUGACCGGAAUUGCACAAACAGUCGCAGACGGCGCCCUCCGCCAGGUGUUCGAAAAAAUCGGGAAAAUUAAAAACAUUUUCAUCUUCAAUAAUUCCGAUUCAUCUCGCUCCGGAUUAGUCAUCUUUUACGAUCCUCGUGAUGCCGAGAAUGCCGUCACCAACAUCAGCGGCCAAGAACUGAAUGGCUCGGAGCUGUGUGUCGUGGAAGGGCGACGGAUUCCGGUGCUAAAUGCACAGAACCUAUACAUUUUAAUGCAGAUUGAAAAAAAACUGGAUUCCGAUCUGAAGGAGCUGGAUACCGUGCUCCGUGGCCAGAACGAUCCAGUCGCCGCACAAGUGCUGGACAUUCUGAACAACACAGCCUUAGAUGCCCUCGUCAACCACUCGGCUGCACUGGUUAUCGACCGCAGCUUGCCGGGUUUGACAGCCGUAUACUUCUCUGCAGCGGACGGGAUUUCUCGAGAAUCUGGGAAGGACUCUCUGCGGGAGUUGAAUACUUCUUACCGCCGACAGGAAAUUCGUUUCCUGUUUUGGCCACCAGAAGAAAACGAAAACGAUUGCGGCUUGAAAAUUACCGGUAAAGCGACGAAUAAGAGCCGUUCGGAGAAGAAACCGCGCAAAUCGACCUCCAAGAAGGCGCUGAAACGGAAGGAUUUCUCGCGCCCCUCCGACGCCCUUUCACGCGGUCCCGCCACCCAGACCAGUGAGCCGGCGGCAGGAAAUGGAGACAGUAACGGACCGGCCAGCACCUCUGUCUCUGCAUCGGACCCGGGAGAUGACGAAGACUGGGAAUUGCCAGACGAGAGCGCUGUUUCGUCUUCUUCGUCGGUUGCCCCGUGCAAGACUCGUGCCGCCAGAAAGCGAAAGAGCGCCCGUCGCCGCCCCUUUAACGUUCGAAAGACCCCGGCGUCUCUUCAAGCACAUGCCAAUUCAGCUGCCGGCUUUGGGCAGUCUCAGGCUGGUCCAUCCGGAGCAAUGGCGCCACAGGAUGAUACCGUGGUGGAAGUGAUGAAAGAGAACGUUGUGGGCGAGAACGUUGUGGACGAGAACGUUGUGGACGAGAACGUUGUGGACGAGAACGUUGUGGACGAGAACGUUGUGGACGAGAACGUUGUGGACGAGAACGUUGUGGACGAGAACGUUGUGGACGAGAACGUUGUGGACGAGAACGUUGUGGACGAGAACGUUGUGGACGAGAACGUUGUGGACGAGAACGUUGUGGACGAGAACGUUGUGGACGAGAACGUUGUGGACGACAACGGUGUGGACGACAACGGUGUGGACGACAACGGUGUGGACGACAACGGUGUGGACGACAACGGUGUGGACGACAACGGUGUGGACGAGAACGGUGUGGACGAGAACGUUGUGGACGAGAACGUUGUGGACGAGAACGUUGUGGACGAGAACGUUGUGGACGAGAACGUUGUGGACGAGAACGUUGCGGGAGAGAACGUGGUUCUCCAGCCGGACGAAAUUCUUCCCGUUUCUCCAGAUCCACAAAGCUGGGACUUGAACAGCUUUAAGGAAGAACUGGGCCGCAUGUAA